CUGCGCAUGCUCGCGACCAGAGCGUUCGUCGAAGGCGGCUUCUCGACCUGCCGCCGCGUUAGUUAUGGCUUCUGGAGCGGGUGGUGAGCGCUUCGGAGACGGGCAGGACUGAUCUGUGGAGCCCUGAAGGGCCUACUUUGACCGCGGGACGUAACACGAGUACUGCGGGCAGUGUUUGAAGAUGGCCCAGAACAACGUGCCCCUGUCUGCCGGCGAUCAAGGGAACAGGGGGACCUACCGCUCUUCCCACGGCGACCCAAACCUCAGCCCAUCGGCCUCGGCCCUGGCGAUGGUCUCUGGAGACAGUGUGCUGGUUGCCAGGCCCGAGACGAUUCACCUGGGACCGCGGCCGGCGGUGCGACCCAGCGUUCGAAUCGAGAGUCGCCGAGUGACCGGUGGCGGCUGGAGCCCGACCCGCCUUAAGAAGGGGAGGGAACUAGACAGUCGGAACCGCAGCCGUCAGGCCCGAUUCUCGCCGUACCCGGUCCCCGGGGUCAAGCUGGAUCUCCUGCGCAGUGUGCUGCAGCAGCGCCUGGUCGCCCUGGGGGGAGUCAUCGCAGCUCGCAUUUCGGUCUGAAAGGACCGCUUCUCUCCACCCCUCAAUUAGCUUUUGAACAAGGCCUUUCUAAAAUCCUU